UCUCGUAAAUGUGUCGUAAAGUAAACAUCGGAAAAAUUUAAAGUAUCCAAAAAAUUGUAUAUUAUAUUUUUCGAGAAUAUAAAAAUUCUUUUAGCAAAUUAAUACAAACCAAAAAUUCAAAGUGAAAUUCAAGUACAAAUUUAAGUUGGCAAAUAUUCGAGUUGAUUGAGUCGUGAAGAGUACGACAGAAACCAUGUUCGGUCUAACGCGUCGUGUGGUGUUCCGUGUGACAAGUCAACGUCAACUAUGUCGCAAGUUUGCCUCACAGGCCAUCAACCAGAUGUUGAUGCUGCAGCAGAUGGACAUCUGUGCGGACCAGCCAUCACGUGGCCUGAUUAUCGGAGUCUAUGCAGAUGAGGAGGACAAAAACGAUGCGGGCAUCCUGACGCACGCCGGCUGGCGUUACAAUGUCCAGAAGACCAAUGGCCGCCUGAUCGAAGUGCUGCGUAUGUCGGGACCAAUGCCCAAACGUGGCGAGGCCCGUCUCCUGUUUGCCAUUGAGCCGGAACGUGUUCCCUACUAUUCCGUUGUGGCCGUUGUUGGCUUGGGCAAGGAAUGUCUGGGCUACAAUCCCUAUGAGGUUCUCGAUGAACAGAAGGAGGCCAUCCGUCGCUCGGUAGCCAAGGCUUGCCAAAUUCUGGCCGAACUGGACACCGACCGUAUUGAAGUUGAAAACUGCGGGCAUGCUGAAUCUGCUGCUGAAGGAGCUGCCCUAGGAAUCUGGGCCUACCAAGAAAUGCGUGACCCCAAAACUCGCAUUUCGAUUCCUUCCAUAGAUCUGUAUGCCGUCAAGGACGAGGUCUGCGACAUUGAAGGCUGGCGAAUUGGAUUGCAGAAAGCAGCCGCACAGAACUUGACCCGUCAGCUCCAAGAGAUGCCUUCCAACCUGCUGACCCCCACAGCAUUUGCCCAAAAUGUCGUGGAGGUUCUGUGUAAAUCCGGUGUCAACGUAGAGGUCAAAGUAGAGGGUUGGGCUGAGAGUCAGUCCAUGCAUGCCUUCCUGGCAGUGGGCAAGGCUUCCUGUGAGCCGCCCAUCUUUUUAGAGCUGAGCUACUAUGGAACUUGUGCCGAGGAACGCCCCAUUGUUCUGGUCGGACAAGGAAUAACCUUCGAUGCUGGUGGUUUGUGCUUAAAGAAGCGCAAGGAACUCUACCACAUGCGUGGUGACAUGACCGGAGCCGCUGUUGUGGUGGCCACCUGUCGUGCCGUGGCUGGACUGAGAUUACCGGUCAACAUCCGUGGUCUGAUCCCGCUUUGCGAGAAUGUUGUGGGAUGCAACUCCUUCCGUCCUGGCGAUAUGGUCAAAUCGAUGAAUGGAAAAACCAUUGAGGUUCAGUGUACCGACCACGAGGAUGUUCUCGUCCUAGCCGAUGCUCUGUUGUACGGACAGAACUUCUGUCCCAAGUGCAUCAUUGAUAUAGGCACUUGCUCUGGAUACAUGCGACAGGCCUUGGAUGAGGCUGCUUGUGGUGUCUUUACGAAUUCCGAGAUUCUCUGGCAGCAAAUUAAGCACGCCAGCAUGCAUACUGGAGAUCGCGUGUGGCGUUUCCCUCUGUGGAACUACUACAGCAAGGCUGUCCGCUCCGGAGGCCGCAGUGAUGUCCAGAACUACGGCAUUGGACGUGGUGGACGCCCCUGCAAGGCGGCUGCCUUCCUCCGUGAGUUUGUGCCAUGUGGACAGUGGAUGCAUAUUGAUGCAACAAAUGUGAUGACAACAAAUGGCAUUGAUUUCGAAUAUUUACGACGUGGAAUGGCUGGACGUCCUACCCGAACAUUGAUCGAAUUCAUUGCCCAAACCAUCUGCAAGGACACUGCACCCAAGAUGGGAAAAUAAGACAAGCAACCAUAUUUGCCAUAGACCAUCAGAUAAAAUUGAGAAACCAGAGAAACCCUAAUCAAAACCAAUCUGGUUGAUGUCGUGUUAUACGUCGUUUAUGCCGCUAUGUUCUAAAUCUUUUGUGGAAGACAUAACUUUCGUUUUUACGAUCAUACGUUAAAUAAAUAAAAAUAAGUUUAGUU